AUGGGCAGCACCACGCCCGUUCCUUACUGGCAGACCAACAUCGCAACCCAAGUCCCGACCUGUCCGCCCUUCCUCCUUAACCUCUCCGCCAAAGACAUCUCCAUCCUCAGCACACCCGACAGCGCCUACACGACCCUCUCCUGGCCCUCCGUCCGGCACCUCAUAGCCACAAACCGUAUCGACCUGUUCCAGCGGCAGCCCUUGCAAUUGCGGCGGUACCUGCAGUUUAGCUACCAGAUUAAACAGAAAUGGGGGAGCAUUAUUAAAUUUAUCUUGAAUGAGAGAGUGAAGUGGACGGUGCCGGUUGUUGCGAAGGGGAAGAAGCCGUUUGAGUGUGACGAGGAUGUGAAGAUCUUGUGGAAUGAUUGGCCGUAUGGGAUUGAUGAGCGGAUUGUGCAUUUAGUGGUUUGGACGAAGUUUGAGUUGGUCGAUGAUCCAGAGACGGGGGACUUGACGACUGAGGCGAGGAGAGAGGUUGAUGAGUUUGUGAAUGAGGUCUUUGGCAAGACUUGUGGGGAAGAGAAUGUUAUUUGGUUCAAAAAUUGGGCCAAGUUGAAAUCUGUUAGUGCGUUGGAGCAUUUCCAUGUCAUGUUAUUUGAUCCGGAUCCUGCUUUCGUGGAGAAAAUCACUAAUGGCGAUGUACCGCUGAGUAGAAGGGUUGUAAAUCAGGAGGUAAAAGCAUAG